AUGACGGAUACCUCCAUUGUAGGCAAAUGGUAUAACCAGAAUGCCUCCCUUGAACACAACAGACUUGUGAACUCUCGCAUCGAGUACUCUAUAACGAUGAGAGCGAUUAAGCAGUGCCUCGACGAGCUUGCAACCACGUCUCGCAAUCAAAUCCGUAUUCUGGACCUCGGUGGCGGAACUGGAAGAUAUGGUCUGGCGUUCAUCUCUUUUUCUUCACUUGUGCGAGGGGUUAAGAUCAAGAAAUAUGCGGCGAGAUUUGCCAACGAAAGCGGAGUAAUUCUCGGAAACAUUGUCCAAGCAGAUGCCCUACAGGUCAGAAACAACGAGCUGCUCUUCCGAAGGGGUCACUACGACCUUGUCCUUUGCAUGGGCCCAAUGUACCAUCUACUAGAAGAGUCAGAGAGGCUGUCUUUGCUGGAAUCAUGCACCCUGAUGACAAGGCCUGAAGGCUUCGUUAUAACCGCAUUCGUCACAAAAUACGCACAUCUUCGUGAUAUUGCUCAGAGGGACCCAAAGCGUCUGAAAGGCGAGGCCGAGUUUUAUGCCCGGUAUCUGUCAACAGGGAAAUACACUCGCAAUUUAACAAAUAUCGUCUCCCAUCACAUCGAUGUCAGUGAAAUACGGGGUCUUUUUGACAAGCUGCAACACAAUGGGCUGGCAAAUAUUCGUCUUGAAAGCCUCGUCGGAUGCGAAGGAUUUCUAGGUGGUGGUUUGGGAGCGAAUAUUGAUGUCAAUGAUAGGGAGACAUAUGAAGCGUGGGUGGACAUUCUGGCAAAAUAUUCAACAGAUCCUCACGUUCUGGGUGCAUCUGAUCACAUUGCUGCAGUAGCCCGGCGUGUCAUGUGUGAAGUUGUUAUCACCAUAUAA